AUGUUAAGAUUAGAAAAUAAAUUUACCAUCGAAUCAUUAUGUCACAGACAUGACCACGCUGCUGCUCAGCAGCCAGGUGAGAUUUUUCGUGUUUUUCAAGAGCUGGCUUGUCGAGAAAACGACGACCACAAUAGAUACAAGGCAAUGGUUUUGAUUCUGGAUUGUGAGAGCUCAUGUGACGACGUAACGCUGGAGCAGUUGGGAAUGUAUCUUGACACUCCAAGCACUGGAAUGGCCGAUCACCUGUAUGAGUCUUACGAUGCUUAG